GAAGGAGCCCUGAGGCAGAGAGAGCGAUGGGCUGUGGGGGGAGCAGGAUUGACGCUCUGGAGCCUCGCUAUCUGGAAAGCUGGACUAAAGAGACAGAGUCGACAUGGCUGACCAGCACAGACUCCGAUAUCCCCCUGUCAUCCAUCCAGAGCAUCCCCUCUGAGAACUCUGAGGCAAGCUUCUCUUCUGAGAAAACAAUCAGCCCCGUUCCAGAUUUCUUUGAGGACAGCCUCCCUCCUCCUGCUCAGGUGUAUCUGAAGGUCUGCUCAGCCGUGUCUGAAGCCAGCCUGAAUGAUGUGAAACCCAGCAGCCCUCAUGCAAUACCGCCGUCUCCACCCAAAGACGAGGGUUUGCCUUUGUCUGGCACCGCAGCGCAGUGGCGAAGUGCGCUACACACUCAAGAGAUUACAAAAUGGCAGGACAAUCGGAUGUCGACCAAGCAGGUGACCAUCACAGUGACACAGAGCAUCCAUCAGGUGGAUAAGAACGGGAAGGUGAAGAAGUCCCUCACCACCUACGAGGUUAUGAAACCUGUGGAAACUCUAAAACAGGUGGCCACACAAAACACUUGAGCGCAGGGGAGACUGAGAGAAUCCAAAGAAAAAUGAUGACUGUGAAAUGAAUGAACUGAUCGUACUUUUGUGGAGAAAACUUAAAAGUGGCUGAAGGCUGGUGAAGCACAAGAGGACGCGCAACUUUGGUCUGGGAUCCUGAACUCUAAAAUUUAGAUUGUCAUAUUGAAAACAUGGCUCAUUUUCUUAAAAAAAGUGUUUAUCUAGGCUGUAUUGUAUUUAAUACCGUCAGAUGUAUUUCCCUGGUGCCUGUUACCGCAAUGUUUCCCUGUACUUUGACACACUGAAGGAACUGGCACCUAAAACUGCAGCUUGGUAAGAGAAAAUACAAAACACGAUAUUUUACAGUUCAUGCAGUAUCUGACCAAUAUUAAAUGAAGAAUUCAUACUAUUUCACAGCAGACAGCCUGGUUUGAAAAUCAUUUAGAGGAAGCCAUCAUUUGGCACAUUCAAAUCUCUCAAGUGAACUAGAAUCUUAAUCUUGAGAUGCUUUUAAGAAUGAAUACAUGUGUAGUUUCGGCAUUUGACACUGAGACACAACAGGUAGUUGCCGCUGUGCUACAGUCUGUGUGGCUCAGGAAACUGAAACUGACAGCGGCGAUUGCACUAUUUACAGUGAAGCCCGGACGGGAGUGUGUGAUGAUAACGUAAGAACUGUCUUACUCCAUCGUGUUGUUUUGUACAAUACAGUGUUUGAUUGUGUUGUCUAGUCACUUUUGUUUUCUAAUUACAAUAAAUUAAAAAAAAAAAAC